UGUGGAAAACUCUUUUGAAAAUGAAUAUAUUUUGAUUUAAACAAUACAGAGAAGUCAAAAUGGACACAAUCUCCUUGUGGAGUCUUCUAUUGCUGUUUUUUGGAAGUCAAGCCUCAAGAUGCUCAGCUCAAAAAAAUACCGAAUUUGCAGUGGAUCUUUAUCAAGAGGUUUCCUUAUCUCAUAAGGACAACAUUAUAUUUUCACCCCUUGGAAUAACUUUGGUUCUUGAGAUGGUACAACUGGGAGCCAAAGGAAAAGCACAGCAGCAGAUAAGACAAACUUUAAAACAACAGGAAACCUCAGCUGGGGAAGAAUUUUUUGUACUGAAGUCAUUUUUCUCUGCCAUCUCAGAGAAAAAACAAGAAUUUACAUUUAAUCUUGCCAAUGCCCUCUACCUUCAAGAAGGAUUCACUGUGAAAGAACAGUAUCUCCAUGGCAACAAGGAAUUUUUUCAGAGUGCUAUAAAACUGGUGGAUUUUCAAGAUGCAAAGGCUUGUGCAGGGAUGAUAAGUACCUGGGUAGAAAGAAAAACAGAUGGAAAAAUUAAAGACAUGUUUUCAGGGGAAGAAUUUGGCCCUCUGACUCGGCUUGUCCUGGUGAAUGCUAUUUAUUUCAAAGGAGAUUGGAAACAGAAAUUCAGAAAAGAGGACACACAGCUGAUAAAUUUUACUAAGAAAAAUGGUUCAACUGUCAAAAUUCCAAUGAUGAAGGCUCUUCUGAGAACAAAAUAUGGUUAUUUUUCUGAAUCUUCCGUGAACUACCAAGUUUUAGAAUUGUCUUAUAAAGGUGAUGAAUUUAGCUUAAUUAUCAUACUUCCUGCAGAAGGUAUGGAUAUAGAAGAAGUGGAAAAACUAAUUACUGCUCAACAAAUCCUAAAAUGGCUCUCUGAGAUGCAAGAAGAGGAAGUAGAAAUAAGCCUCCCUAGAUUUAAAGUAGAACAAAAAGUAGACUUCAAAGACGUUUUGUAUUCUUUGAACAUAACCGAGAUAUUUAGUGGUGGCUGCGACCUUUCUGGAAUAACAGAUUCAUCUGAAGUGUAUGUUUCCCAAGUGACGCAAAAAGUUUUCUUUGAGAUAAAUGAAGAUGGCAGUGAAGCUGCAACAUCAACUGGCAUACACAUCCCUGUGAUCAUGAGUCUGGCUCAAAGCCAAUUUAUAGCAAAUCAUCCAUUUCUGUUUAUUAUGAAGCAUAACCCAACAGAAUCAAUUUUGUUUAUGGGAAGAGUGACAAAUCCUCACACCCAGGAGAUAAAAGGAAGAGAUUUAGAUUCACUGUGAAUGAAAAGCACAGCCUCAGAAUAAAAGAUGAUUUCUCAAAAAUAGCUGAUUGGCAAAAUAUCAUCAUCUUGACAAUAUUUGCUCUAUAUCUUAUGUCUUUUCUGUUUUAAACUGUGCCUGUAGUAAUAGAUAUCUGUCUUGAUGAAUAAGUAAAAUUAGGUAUGCAUUUGUUUCUGUUCCUUCUGUAUGUUUUAGAAAAUCUAUAUGCAUCAAAAACCUUGAGCGUACGUAAAAUAUUACCAUUCAUAUGUUAGAACAAUCCUGCCUAUAAUAUCUUAAAUACCAAAUUCUUGUCUUAGAUAGCAAAUUUAUUAUUCCCUAAAAUACUAGACUAUUAGAUUCAGGCAUAGUACCAUUUUCUAGCCAUGGGGAAAUAAGAUAAAGAGACCAUGGCCAUGGUACAUGCCUCUCUGGGGUGUCACUCAAGACACAGAGAUCCAGUAUUCCUUGCAAUAGAGGAGCUUUGGGUAUUUCACUAAUCUUAACUUGUUAUUUGACAUGUUACGUUUAAUAUUUAUGUUGUUUCAGUACCUUUUGAAACAUACCAGUUUUUUUCCUACUGAUUUAUGGUUUUAAAAUGUACACAACAUAGAAAUGCUGAGCACUUCUGUAAAGCAUUCCUCUUUUUAUAGGUGAAAGUGGCAGCAUAAUUAGUGUGACUCAGGAAGCUGAACUUCUACAAUUUUACAAUACUGAGCCAAGGAAGUGUUAGAGUCAAGAUUGUGCACUAUAAAGAUUAAAUGCAGAUCCCUUCCCUUGAAUACUCUGAAACAUCACAUCUAAAUAUCAAAAGCUAAAACUACAUUCCAAUAUUACUUCAUAUAGCAUGUUUCACAGUUUUUCCAUUUUCAAGCUAAUGAUGUAAAAUUCCUUUUUGUUUGUUUGUCUUGGCAAUUUUGGCAGAGAGCUUAAUGAUAAUGGCUGCACCUCAAUGAGCCCUAAUUUUGUGUUGGGCUCACUGAAGUAAGCACUUUUUACCUUAUGUUAAAUGUACUAAAAUUUUUAUGAAACAGCAUUACCUAACUUCCUGAUAAAGAAACUGAGAUUCAAAAAUGUUAUAAAAUUAGUCAAAGACACAUAACUGAUAAAUAUGGUGGGUAGAUUUGAACUCAGAACUACUCGAGACUGACAUUCCAAAAUGUUAUAAAAUUAGUCAAAGAUGCAUAACUGAUAAAUAUGGUGGGUAGAUUUGAACUCAGAACUACUGGAGAGUGACAUUGAAAAAUGUUAUAAAAUUAGUCAAAGACACACAACUGAUAAAUAUGGUGGGUAGAUUUGAACUCAGAACUACUCAAGCUAGAAGUCUGUGACCUUAAUUACUGAGUUAUAUUCCCUUUGCAGGGAAGGAAAAAGUAAUUUUCUCUCUACUUCUCAUAGCUUUGAGCUAGUAUCCCUUGUAAUAAAAGACAGGAUAGCCAGGUGUGGUGGCUCAGAUCUGUAAUCUCAGCACUUUGAGAGGCUUAGGUGGGAGGAUCGCUUGAGGCCAGGGGUUCAAGACCAGCCUGGGCAACAUAGUGAUAUCCGGUCUACAAAAAAAUUAAAAAUAAUAGACAGGUGUGGUGGCGCAUGCCUGUGGUCCCAGCUACUCGAGAGGAUAAGGCAUGAGGAUCACGUGAGUCCAGGAGGUUGAGGCUGCAGUUAACUAUGAUUAUGCUACUGUACUGUAGUCUGGACAACAGAGUGAGUCCUCGUCUCAAAAAACAAAAGAUUCACAAGAGAAAAACAGACAUUUGUUAACAUGUAUACCACAUGUACACAUAGAAGAUACCCAGGAAAAAAUGAGUAAAUCUCAAAGAAGUGGCUUAGAACUCUGGCUUACAUAGCAUCUUCGACAAAGAACAAUACGUGGUUGAAGAAAUGACAAAGGAAAAAGACCUUGGAUUUAUAAGGGCAGUAAAUUGUAGGAAGGCAAAUAUAUGAUAGAUAAAGGCUAUUUUGUAAAAUUUGUUGUGUAGAUUCCUGUGGUGAUAUCUCCAGGAUGAUAAGGGUCUUAAGUCAUGUUCAGUGAUCAAAUUCUGUCCUACUUGGUAGAGAGAGGAGGAGGGAUAACUUUGUGAAUUUGUAUUCUGUUUUUAGGCAAAUUGUUUUAGGCAAGGCAAAUAACUUUUCCUGUAUCUACUUCUUCUCAGUUGCCUUUAGCUCAAAAUAGCCCUUAUGCUAAAGUGGCAUCUUUUGGGGUGGCAUAUUCUGCUGCCCUUCACCUUCUAUUUUAAUUUUCAAAAUCUAGGUAUCCAUCUACAGCAAAACCUACAGCAAUACUCAAGACAUUAUGAAGCCAACUUUAGAAUGAAUUGUGAUUGCUUAAAAAUCAUAACAUAAUUGAAAGCAAUGUUCAUUACUCUACUUUCAAUUUGAGCAUACUUAGAUAUAACACAGUAAAUACUAAUCUAUAUGUUAGUAAUAUGCAUUUGUGGCAUAAAUUCCUCACAACCUAUCUGUUUUAAAAAUAUAAGUCUUUGUUUCAGGAAGGAAAGAAUAAUGAGUUAAGAGGAUAGUAGUUUUAUUCAGUUGUGGUCCAGAUUCCUGUUUCUCUUGGGUUGGCUGAAUUCUUCUGAUCCUCUUUCAUGCAUUAAAUGUCAUGCUCUGGGGAUUCAUUCAUUCAUUCUACAAAUAUUAAUUGAGCUUCCACUAUGUUCCAGGUAGUUUUCUAAGCACAAGGGAUAUAUUAGUGAGCAAAUCUGACAAGGUCCUUGUCUUCCUGGAGCUGACAUUUUACUGGUAGCAGUAAACCAGUGAACAAGUACAAAAACAAGGUAAUUUCAAAUGGUAAUAACUGAUGACAUUAAUAAAGCAGAAGAAGAAAAUAAGAGGGGUUCAAUAAUUGAGAUAAUGUAAUAAGAUCACUACCCAAGUUUCACUUUAAGUACAUAUUCUUACAGUGUGUUCCUAAUGUAUUUGUUUUCCUUAAUAAGAUUUGCUAAAAGUCUGCCACGAGUUCCCGACUGAGGAUCCUGAAAGCAUUAUACAGAAGUUGGGUAAUUUAUUUUUCUGAUUUCAUGUUCUUCUUCCAUUUGGCUUAAAAAUGGGAGUGUCUUCCAUAAGCUCAUUGUGUGGAUUCAAGAUAAAAACACCAUUUUCUACCAUGUUCUGGAAAUACAUUUUCCAAACUACUUCCAAAAUUAAAACAUUUAAUUUUUUCCUUCAGUUGUAAGUAACUCAGUAGUUAUUACAAGUUUGCAUCAUAAAGGUUACAAGUAUACGGAAUACAUUUACAAAACAUACACUAUUUAUGAAGGAAAAUAAGUAUGAAAUAAUUUUCUUUGCUAAACUAUAUGAAAUCUGUAGGAUUCACAACAGUCCAUAAUCAAUACAGGAUAAAAUUACUGUCAAUACCCCUUGUAAAAGUCCAGUACAUCAUAUAUAGGAAAUAUUUGUAUUCCUCAUGGAGGCAAAAUAAUUAUUAAAAUAGUAGUAUUUCUUUUGGAAACUUUGGGUUUUAUUGACUUCACAUAGCUAUAAUUCAUGGCAUAUUCUAGAGGAGUUGUUACCAGACUGAACUUGGGUCUGCCUGCCUGGCACAGCAAGGCCAAACAAUGACAUUGGGAUUUGCAAGAAGAAAAAGUGAGGCAUUUAUCACAGGGUGGCAAGCAAGGAGAAUCAGGCAGCUCAUGCUUAAGAUCUGAAAUACCCAGUGGCUUAACCGUAAAAGUUUUUAAAGGCAGGGAGGCAGAGGUUACAGGCAAAGCUAUAAAUCAAUACAUGGAGGCUAUACGUUGGUUUGGCCUAAAAAGGUGGGACAUCUCAAAUCAGAUGAGUGGGGAGGGUGGCAUGGCCCACAGAUCACAGGUGGAUUCAAAUAUUUUCUGAUUUGUGAUUGGUUUGGCUUUGUCUAAAAGUGUGGGUCAGCUGAAAGGAGAGUUGAGCUCUGGCCUGUGAGCAUAAUUUCCUUCAGGGCCCUCAGGAAGAAAUUUAGAACAAAGAAUGACAGAAUUUAGUCCUCUAUUCCACCCUAUCUGAGAUCUAUGUGCCAGCAGAUGGCUUUUCCAUGUGGUGAGGGGUCCAGGUCUCUGAAAAACAACUCAGGGACAUAUGUGAAGACUUUACCUUUAAUUUCUAUAGAGAAGCAAACUCUGUGGCUCUAGCUUCCUUGGCUAUUGUUUUCAGCUAUUACAGCAUUCUUGCUUAUCAGGUUGCC